UGAUGGACUAAGUUCUCGCGCCAUCCACUUACACUCACUAACAAUCCGAAGGACUCUUAACUUCAGGAAGGAGAGCAUACAGGAACUCACGCCCCAAGCCAAAUAGCACAUCGCCAUGAACACCACACAUUCCUCCUCCAGCAGCGGAGGUUCAGGCAUCGGGAGCGGACCUCUGGGCUAUGGAAACACCCCAACCUGCUACUUUGUGAUGAUAGGCACCAAAGACAAUCCUAUUUACGAGGCAGAGUUCGUCUCCGUCAACACCGCCCGCGCGUCUUCUGGAGUCGCUGCUAUUCCAGAUGCCAAGAAAGAAGAGUUCCGCCAUUUGAACCAGUUCAUCGCCCAUUCAGCUCUGGAUAUGAUCGAGGACAUUCAGUGGAGCACCAACCAAAUGUACCUGAAAUCAAUCGACAAGUUCAACGAACGAUUCAUCUCCGCAUACCUGACCGCUGGAAACAUCAAGCUGCUGCUAUUGCAUGAUGCUAAGAGUGAAGACGCAAUCCGAAACUUCUUUAAUGAUUGUUAUGAGCUCUAUAUCAAGACGCUAUUAAAUCCGUUUUACGAACCCAAUACGAUCAUCAACUCGCCUGCAUUUGACACCAAAGUCAGACUGAGCGCGAAGCGAUAUCUUUAAUAUGCGCAAUCCAAUAAAACAAUCAUGUACUAAUACCCAAACAGCUACCACCCGGCGCCUAAUUGACCCCUGAAAGUGCGGCUAUGCCGUUGCGGCGGCGAAUUCGCAGCUCAGACGGUCAAUGAUUGCAGACUCAGGUUCAAAUCU